AUGAAAAGCCUGAAGCGAGGGCUCGCCGCCGAUCCGAAAGCCGGCAGUAUCUCCAGCAAGGUCUUCAUUCGGUCUACCAAAAGUGGUCGAGUCCAGAAAGUUGUGAGAGAACAGUAUCUCAGGAAAGAUAUUCCCUGUUCGUCGCAAUUGUGUACUGCUUGCGCUUCCACGGCCGCGCCAGAUGCCAAUGGAGUUGUACCCAAGUUCGUUCUGUCAAAGCGACCAACUGGCACCAAAACGUUCCCAAACGGCCACUACAUUAUUCCCGACACCAAUGUCUUGCUUAGUGCAAUGGACCUCUUCGAAGAGCCUGCACACUUCCACGACGUCAUCAUACUGCAGACAGUCCUUGAAGAGUUGAAGAAUAGGAGUCUUCCUCUCUACAACAGACUGAUGGCAAUAACCCAAAGCGACGACAAGCGUUUCUAUCUUUUCUUUAACGAGUUCCGGUCUGAAACUGCGGUACGAAGAACAAGCGGCGAGUCAAUAAAUGACAGAAACGAUCGUUCAGUGAGAAGAGCGGCGCAGUGGUACACCGAUCAUCUAUCGCAAGUGACGAAAAAGCCUCCCACAAUCGUGGUCCUCACCAAUGAUCGAGAGAAUAGAGAAAAAGCGAAGAAAGAGAAUGUGACAGCUUUGUCACUACGGGAAUAUGUGGAAGGGUUGGAAGAUGCCGAUAGACUACUCGACAUGGUGAGCCAAGGUGCUGAGGCUCAAGAAGUCCGCGCUGCCCAAGGGCAGGUCUUCUAUCCAGAAUAUUACUCUACGUCAAGGAUGAUGACGGGAAUCAAGGCCGGGACGCUGCAUCAGGGGUCCUUCAAUGUUUCUCCUUACAACUACCUUGAAGGAACAGUUAAAGUCCCCGCGUUUGACAAGCCCUUGCUAGUCCUUGGAAGGGAGAGCAGCAAUCGAUCCAUAUCUGGCGAUGUCGUGGUCGUUGAGAUUCUGCCCCGAGACCAAUGGAAAGCACCCUCGGCUCAGAUCCUCGACGAGGAAACAAUCAACAAAAACGAGAACCCGGAAGACGAGGAACAAGAGGAGACUGUGGUCACGGAAAAUGAGAGACGUGCUCUCCAGGAGGAGGUUCGACGUGCACAUAUUGCCGGUGCCGAGACAAAGGCCCAGCCAACCUGCAAAGUAGUCGGAGUUGUCAAGCGGAACUGGAGACAACUCGUUGGAACAAUUGACGCCGCAUCUGGCAGCACGACUGGAAACAGACAGACCACCGUCUUUUUGGUUCCAAUGGACAAGCGCAUCCCAAAGAUUCGAAUUCGAACACGUCAGGUCGAUGAGUUAAUAGGCAAGCGGAUCCUUGCAACGAUUGACUCAUGGGACCGAGACACCAGAUAUCCAGUUGGUCACUACAUCCGCUCGCUUGGAGAAUUGGAGACCAAGGAUGCUGAGACUGAAGCGUUGCUCCUCGAGUAUGAUGUCCAGUAUCGGCCCUUCCCAAAAACGGUUUUGGACUGUUUACCUUCGGAGGGCCACUCCUGGAAAGUCCCAGCUGCUUUAUCGGAUCCUGGUUGGAAAGGCCGGCAGGAUCUCCGACAUCUAUUUGUUUGCUCGAUCGAUCCUCCCGGGUGUCAAGAUAUCGACGAUGCUCUCCAUGCAAGGAAACUCUCGAAUGGAAACUUCGAAGUGGGUGUUCAUAUCGCAGACGUGUCUCACUUUGUCAAGCCUAAUAAUGCCAUGGAUGACGAGGCUUCCGCUCGGGGUACGACUGUAUACCUCGUCGAUAAGAGAAUUGACAUGUUGCCUAUGUUGCUGGGGACAGAUCUUUGCUCCCUCAAACCCCAUGUUGAAAGAUAUGCAUUUUCCACAAUAUGGGAGAUCACUCCAGAUGCCGAAGUGGUGUCAUCUUCUUUCACCAAAUCUGUGAUCUUGUCCAAGGAGGGCUUCUCAUAUGAACAAGCUCAGAAGCGCAUUGACGACCCAGGUGCAACGGAUGAACUCACCCAAGGCAUGCGGGCAUUGUUGUCACUCUCGCAAAAGCUUCGUCAAAAGCGGAUGGAUGCCGGGGCAUUAAACCUGUCGAGCCCAGAGGUCAGAAUUGAAGCAGACAGCGAGUCUUCGGAUUCUCUAGCCGAUGUGAAGACGAAGGCGAGUUUGGCUACCAACUCACUCGUCGAGGAAUUCAUGCUUCUCGCCAACAUCACGGUUGCGAGGAAGAUCCAAUCGGUCUUCCCUCAAACUGCAUUGCUGCGGCGGCAUGCAACACCACCAGCCUCGAAUUUUUCAGACCUUAGUGAGCAGCUGAAGAGAAUGCGUGGUUUCGAACUGGACGUGUCAAGUUCGAAAGCACUUGCAGAUUCAUUGGAUCUUUGCGUAGAUCCUAAACAUCCAUUCUUCAACACCUUAAUUCGAAUCAUGGCGACACGGUGUAUGACGUCGGCCGAAUACUUCUGCAGUGGAUCACACGCUGAACCAGAAUACCGACACUACGGUCUCGCCAGUGAGAUCUACACCCAUUUUACAAGUCCCAUUCGCCGAUACGCUGAUCUGCUCGUCCAUCGUCAAUUGGCCUACGCGAUCGGAUAUGAAGGCCAGGGGAGCGAGGUCGUCGACUAUGACCUUCGCAACAAGGGUAAGUUAGAGCGGGUUUGUCAAAAUCUCAACUUCCGACACCGAAAUGCCCAGCUAGCAGGCCGCGCCAGUAUCGAGUAUUAUGUCGGGCAAGCGCUCAAGGCACGGGCUGAGAAAUCUCCAGAUGCUGCCAUCGACGUUGACGGGUACGUGAUGCGAGUGUUCGAAAACGGUAUGGUGGUCUUUGUACCGCAGUUUGGCAUUGAAGGACUGGUUCGACUUGAGGAUUUCCACUUAAAAUCCGGCGAGGCUUUGAAAAGGGAGAGCAAGUUUGACCCAGAGGCCUACCGUCUCACAGUCUUUGAGAAAGGCCAUGAACAGGAUGAGGUUACAGUUGAGCUCUUCCAGCAGCUGAAAGUCAGAGUGAGCUCAGAGGAGAAGAGUGGUGCGAGAGAAAAGGGAAAGAGAAGAGUGCGAAUCGUGGUUUUGUCUGCCUGA